AUGCUGUCUAAUCCAUCCAACAACCUUCAAAAUCGACAUCGACAACAUCGACGACAAAAUUCGACUCCAACCGCAUUCGAUGCAGUGAAGGCAAACAACCUGCCACCGGUUCAAAGACAUGCCCACAGGCGUGGGAUGAGUCUGGAUACACGACCACGUCCAAUUCAACAGCAGGGUCAAUCGGUAAGUAAUACUAACAUAGGAUAUCAAACGACACAACAGCAUAUUUUGCGAGAGACGCAGCAGCAGAGACUGGUUCGCCCGGGCCAGCAGCCAUUUCCUAUUUACGACAAUGACGAGAAUCAUUUUGUUUCACCACUCGUCACCCCACACAGACAAUCGUUCGACUCCGGAUGUUCAAAUCCAUAUGAGGUGCAAGGUCAUCAACACUCAUAUUCAUAUUCCGGCCCAAUGAACCCAAUAAUACCAGUCGACCCAAACUUCAAUGGGAACAACGAGUUCGACUUCUUCACUACAAACACAGCAAUGACACCAACAUUCAUGGAAUUCUUUCAGGAUUCCGAGGUACAAAGUGUCCAUUCACAACCAAGUUCUGCAACCCACAGCAGACGAUCAUCGAGAAGGAUAAGUGGUGUCAUUUUGGAGGGGGUUGCUCAAUUCGAGAAUCUAGCUUUGAAAUCACCAUCAAGACCCAUUACACCUCCAGAUGCAAACUCUACCAAUUACUUUCCCCCAGCUCCCCUAGAAAGCCCAUACGACCGAACCAUCAAGCUGGAACACAUCCCACAAAGAUUUCGUGAUGAUUACGACACAUCUAUGGAGGAAACGAUCAAACCUAAAAGUAAUCAGAGAACCAAGAAUGUUUUUGACGACAUGAGACGAGAAGCUGAGAUGAAAGCCGAACCUGCCCCACUAGGAUCAGGACCCAUACCCACUGCCAGCACAUUUGACUCCGCACCGAUGCCAACAUCGAAUUUCAUGAAUAUGUCGACUAUUAACCUCGAUUUUAUGAAAAAUGAUCCACAAUUUCAAGCGGCACAAUACUCACCGACUUCUUCUAAUGUUUCACAAGAUCUAUCAUAUCCCUCAUCUCCAGAACAAUCCCGAAGAAAUGUUUUCAGAGAUCCUUUCACAAACAGACCCAUCUUAGAGGCGCCAGACAUGUCACCUUACCCCAUGUCUAACUACUCUCACGGUCUUCCCGCUUCAGAGCCAGCUUGUAGCUCUCCUGCUCAAUCUUAUCGACGAUCCGAAUCAGUGUCGAGUAUCAACCUCGAAGAGUCAAUUACCGAUACCGGAAUCACCAUUGAUGAUAUCGCUACCUACAUUCAAGCACCGGAACCUGGCGACACAAAGUGGCUUUGCUUGUAUCCAGAAUGUGGUAAGCGAUUUGGUCGAAAGGAAAAUAUCAAGUCACAUGUUCAGACCCAUCUUGGGGAUAGACAAUUUCAAUGUCCACACUGCCACAAAUGCUUUGUACGCCAACAUGAUCUCAAAAGGCACGCAAAGAUUCACACUGGUGUAAAACCUUAUCCAUGCCAAUGUGGAAAUAGUUUUGCUAGACAUGAUGCUUUGACUCGCCACAGACAACGUGGGAUGUGUAUUGGUGCUUUCGAAGGUGUGGUAAAGAAGACAGUCAAGAGAGGUAGACCAAGGAAAAAUCGACCUGACGAUGAAGAACGUGUUGAAAAGGCAUCGCGAACUCGAAGCAAAAACAAGACGAGUCCUUCAGAAACAUCAUCAUCAGAAUAUUCGGAAAGUGCAUGCGCUCAAUCACCUCGGAGUGAUCUAGACAUCCUUGAUGACAGACCCUUUGGAGACUAUGGCUUUUCUCAAAGCUCUCUUGCUACACACGACAGCUAUCAAUUUUCGAGAGAAAGGUCCUCUUCAGUAGCAGCAUCAAUAUCUUCGAUUUCCUCAAUGACAUCAAUUGCCGAAUGCGUAGAACCAACUUCAAUACAAUCAACGCAUCCGCCAAAUGGAUUCCGGACUCGACUCAACUUUCCUGAACAUCUUCGAUCAAACUCUGGAUCACCCACCAAAUCUGCGCAUAGCAAUUAUUCACCGCCUGCUUUAUGCCAGUCAUCUUCUUCACCCACGGCUAGCGCCAACCAAUAUGACCUAGAUGCCGUCUCAAAUAGUGGUGAACUCAGUAAUCUGCCAAAUAUUACAGAGCAAGACGAUAUGUUCUUGGAGGCUUUUGCUGUCACAGGCAGUACCAGCAUUACACAACUCGAACGUGAUCCAGAUCUUUUGAUAGGAAAAUUCGACAGUAUGUUUGGCGUAGCAGCUGAUAAUUCUGGCAUGUUCAGGAAUGAAGAGGAUGUCUUCUUUGGCAGUCCGUGA